UCGGCUGAAUUGCCUGCUCGCUCACUCUAAAUUAUUAGAAGAAACGUAGCAUUCGCAUGAAGACUACAUUUCUCCCUCCAAUACCUCACCAAACUUUUUUUUUCUUUACAGCUAUAAUUCCUUUUGCCCACGACUCUAUAUAAUCAACUAUUUCUUCUCUUCUCAUUACAACAAAAAUGGAUUCAAUGUUUUUGGCUUUCACCUUGGUUUGCCUCUGCUUCCCAUUAACCAUUAUCGAUGCUCAAGCACCAGCAGCAUCACCAGUGACUUUGCCUACUACACCUCCACCCACAACUACACCAAUUGCACCCACACAGUCACCAGUAAGUGCAGCAACACCUCCAGCUGCAACCACUCCCAUAUCACCACCUACUCCUAAAGUAGCACCAGCUAUCAGCCCAACUGUCCCACCUCCUCAAGUUCCACCACCACAAACUCCUCCAAUUGCAACUCCAGUGCAACCACCUGCACUUCCCCCACCACCACAGGCAUCUCCUGCUCCGGCCCAAGCACCUGCAGCACCAGCACCAUCACCAGCAACACCACCACCGACACCAACACCAGCGCCAGCUACUCCACCAGCCCCAGUGCCAGCUCCUCCACCACUGGCCCCAACACCUGAAUUAGUGCCUUCACCCGCACCAGCUCCAACCAAGCACAAGAAGCGAAGAAGACACAGGCACAAGAAGCAUCAUCACCCACCAGCUCCAGCACCAACACCCCCCAGUCCCCCGGCUCCGCCUACAACAUUGACAGAUUCUGAUGAUACAGCCCCUGCACCAUCCCCAAAUCUGAAUGGAGGAAAUGCAAUGUAUCAGCUGGGAGAAAGGUCUGGAAUCUGGGGAAGGACAUUAGCUACUGCCUUUCUGCUGCUGGUAGGCUACAACUUUUAGCAAUCUCACAUCGUGAAGAAAGAUAAUUUUAUAUGUACAAAAUAAAUAUCAAUUAAAAUUUCAUAUAAAUAGGAUUAUGAUGUAAGUGACAUGCCAAUGGAUUGUCAACAUUUUUGUA